AUCGUCGUGUCACAGAGUCAACUUGUGACUUGGUCAUCAUAACACUUUAUCAAAAAUAAAACUAUUGGGAAAUAGUUUUUUGUUUGUCACCAGCUAUAGCUUGCACGAGGGGGUAGAUGAUUGGUCUUUUGAAUGAGUUGAGCCAAACAUAAUGUCAAUCAGUACGACCGUUGAAUUUUAUAAGUAGUAAUGCUACUCAUAUAUGUAUAAUUUUUUAAUGGUUCAUAUUAUGCAGGACUUGUUUUUCUGGAAUGGAAAAUAACUUUAUAGUUUUUUUAAUCAAUGCGAGAUAAAUUAAAUCAUGUCAAUUAUUCUUGUGUGAUUGUUUCACACGAUGCAUCUUGGGAUUAGACUAAAGUACUAUGCAAUUAUGAUUUUCCAUCUCCAUUAUUAGCAAGGCGAACGUGUAUAAUCUUUCUUUUAUUCGAAAAAGGAAAGAAUGUGACUUUGGUUCGUUUUUCAUGACAACAAGUUUAGUAAUGCUUAACUUUGUCAUUCAGCACGCUGACUAGAAUGAGCUUGAUGACCUCUAUUUGCAUCAACAACUUGUUCUCGAUCAUUAUGCCAUCACAAACCAAAAACCUGGACCAAAUAUUAUCCAACUUGGGUGACGAUGAUAAUAAUGAUGACCUAGCUUCUCACAAGAAGAAAAGACGAAGCAAAAAACAUGUUUCCCCAAAUAAUCAACGACCCAAGCUCCGACUUCACGAUUUCUAUCGAUCUUCUGUACGGGGUGAAGGAAUUGAUCUAUUUAUUCAGACCAAAAUAUUCCAAGAUUAUCUACAAUGUGAAGUCACUCCAUGGACUUACCCAAAGCGAUCUACGUAAGUUCACUGCCACGUGUUACGCAUAUGGACAAAGUCGAGCUGGAACCAAUUCCUUCAGGUUUCCUUCCUCCUCUGAAUACUGACCCACUCUUCGCCACAAUGACAAAUAUGCACGGCAAUGUCGAACGUGUCCGAAGGGUUUGCGGUUACAGAGAAAUUUUCAUGAAAAGAAUGCACAUCGAGUAUUUAAAGGACAAGGAGAAAGAAGACGUGUGUCAUAUUCUCUAUCCGGAGAAAGUAGCCCAGGAAGUAGACUCCAUGUUUAUUGAAACUGAUGGCCCCGUUGAAGUACUUCAUAGACGUUUUCGCUAUUUGGCACCUGGGGGAGGAUCGAAUAAGAAAAAGAAAAAGCAUAAACACAAACAUUCGAGUGUCAAAAAAUUGAAACGUAGAAAACUUUCACAGAGCUAUUCUCCUAGUCCGACAAUGAAGCUGGCUAAAAAACGUGCUAAAUCAAGUCAUGAAUCAAGACAUGACCACCAUGACCGUGUAAAAACGUAUGAAAGAAAGCGUAACCGAAGCCUAGAAUACCGCCGAAGUCAUAGUCGACGUAGGUCACGUAAAGUGGAACUUGAUGUUCGCCAUGAGGGUUUAGGACACCAUCACAAAAGAAGAAAGGAGAACGGCGAGUAUCGUCGUCGUAGAACACAAUCUGGAUCUCAUAUUCGCAAAACUCGCAGGAAUGAUAGCGAAGAAAAGGCUGUCCUAAGAAGUAAGUCGCACCAUCAUCAUCAUCGACAUCAGAGAAAUGAAAGCAAAUCCAAGAAACGGCACAAAAGUUAUUCCAAGGAAAAUGGGAAUAAGAAUGUCUCUAGAUCACGAAAAGACGCAACUUCCAAAAAAAUGGGCAAAUCUUUAACCAAGGAAAGAAAAAAACCUGUGAUAAAUCCAAGUCAAGGGUACGACAAAAAUAUAAAAAACGAAUUAUUGCAUAAGAAAAAAGUCGACAAAACCGACCACACAUCGUCAAAACAAAGGUCUAAAAUUGUCAAUGUAAUACCCCCUAAAAAUGAGACCAAACAACAACUUGGCACGCAUCUGGGUAAAGAGAAGGCGUCACAAAACUUGAAACGCACAAAUAAGAGCAAAAAUGAUCAAAAGCCAGUCGACACCUCAUUAGAAAAGAAACAACAUUUACAAUCAGCAUCGAAAAAGAUUAUAACGAAAAUUCCUAAAAAUUCGUCUAGAGAUGAAAAUAAUAAUGCUUUCGACCACGGAAAGAAAGGUUUGCCAGCAACGUCACUAGAGGAAAAUAGCAAACGCAAGAGUGUGAAAAUCGUAAAAGAGCACACGAUUCUCGGAAGUGGUGAAAGUAACUCAAUUCCGUUUCAAGAAGCAACCCCAGUUAAAUCAAAUCUUAAAAAACUAGCUGAAGCCACACAGGUUAAACUACAAGAUUGGGUAAAUCACGGAAAUCGCCACAGAGUUCGCCCCUCCGAACCAGAUGAAAAUGCCAACUAUUUGAUUAAUGAUGACAAUCUCGAAACUGUUGUAAUGCAAGUAAUGCAACACAAUAUCGUUGAACCUAUGGAAAAAGAACGCCACAAACCCAAAAUUCAACCAAAACAUGUAUCCGUAACAAUGCAGGAUGAACAAACGCCCUCCAGAAUUGCACAACAAUUCAGAGACACAACGGUGGCAGUAUUCACCGCUGGCGUAUCCACAGAUCACAAAGGACAUAAUCCCCACAGUCAUCAAGAUAGUAGGAAAUCAAUGAAAGGCAAUAAAACACAUGCUUCGAAAACGCCAAUCGCCACGAAGGGGAAAGUCAAGGACGCACAUAAACCCGACCCCAACAAAGCACCCGAAACACAACCUCUGCCCAUGGCACCACCUGUAUUCGACAUUACAAAUUUUGACUCGUACUUUAAAUAUGUUUAUGGAGUUCCGAUUGCUGAAUUGCCAGAACGCGAUAGCGAGUGGCUCGAGCUGUCAGUCACUGACGAGGACGAGUUGGACGAAGAAAUUCAAUCCUUCGAAAAAGAGAAUCCCAAAUGGAUGAUUGAUGGAAUUAGUUUUGAAAGUCAACAAUUGAUAACAGAAUUGAAACUAAUGUAUUGGACUUGUCUCUUAACGGGACGCCAAUUUUAUUACAAUAUUCCAAAUUUCCUCAAGGGUCACAUGGAAUUUGCUACAAAACGGGUUAGAAUGAUUCCGUUUUUUAUCUCUACCUUCAUUCUUUGGGCUUCCCUGGUUAUCAUGGCUCAGUCAUACGUCAGCAUCACUUUCGAAGAGCAAAACAGCAAUGACACAAAUUCUGGAACAGCCCAAGUGCAAAUUGAGCAACUGGAAGCCAACAAGUAUGGCGAAACUAGUCUGUACGUCAUUGCCAACUUAGCAUUCGUUGCAGUUUGGAGUGUAUUCGUAAUUUUGAGAGAUGGUCAGCUUAUUACGCAUUACUUUAAUUGCUGGUGUCCUGCUUUGGCGGAAAUGGAGACGAGUGCCGCAGUGAAGAUUGAAACAAUGACACAAUACAAUUUGCUUGCAUGGUUGAUAUCAGGAGGAAUCAUUGUAAUAGGAUUUUCAAUUGACUUUCCAGCAAAUGUUCGAGGGACCACAGGACUUUUGGCAAUUCUCAUGUUUCGCAAUGUGUUCCCUGAUAUUCGACUUCAGGACGACAACAAGUUAUUUUGGUUCCAAAUAUUUGGCUUGGUCUUUAUUCUUUACAUCCUUUUCUGCGCUCGGAUGUUAUUCACGUUAAUGCAAAUAGUUGCACUGAUUGCUAGAAAUUCUGCAGAAAUGUGGAACUUCAAGUUUGCUCUAACUUUUAAUCAGUUGGUUAUGACCAACAGAGGCCACAUGAAAAGAAUCUCUUUGCAGCUUCCUCUCAUCAAGUUUUUCACUCACCAUCGUAUCAUGACUGCAUUGGUGAGAAUUUACGGAGAGAUAUUUGGAGUUCCCAUCAUGAUAUACUUGAUUGUUGAGGUGGGGAUGAUGACCUACGUGAUGGUGCGGCUUUUCAAUUUCAAAGCUGGAAAUGUUCAAGACUACAACGGCAAACCUGAAGUGAUUUAUGAAUAUUUUCAAAAGGCGAAACAGAAUAGCACAAUAAUACAUAUCAAAUUUUAUCACUCACCGGUUGAAGAGAUCUCGACCAGUCUAUUCAUCCUCAUAAUGAUUUGUUUUGACUACAUGUUCACUACUGAAGUUAUUGCAUCUGCAUCCCAAGCGUUUUGCGACGGAUUCGAGUUUGUGAGGAGAACUAAUUUAGUGUUAUGCAAGACGUCUCAUCAGAGACGCCUGGUUCAAAGUCUCUUGUGGAGUAUGUCAGACACAGAUCCAACCCUUCUCUCUGCUGCAAAUUACUUUCCAAUUUGCAGGUCUACAAUUGUUGCUGGGUUGGGUGCAGCGGUUGCAUUUUUUUCGCUAAUUAUACAGUUGCAAUCUGAAACCAAAAUAUUUUUCCUCGAAUUCAAGUUGUGUGAAGAAUCAAAGAAAUUGGGAGGUGUGAUUAUUGAACCAAGAUGCAAGCCAAAGUAGUGUAAUGCAAUAAGUAAUGCGAUUAAAUUGUCAUGGUGUAUCGUCAUCACUGUGACAUGCAAUUAAUUUAAAAUUAAAAUAAGUUGUAAAAUUUUAAAACUUCAAUAAAAUUCUUGAAAUUCUUUUAA